AAAAAAAUAGAAAUUAAGUUAAAAAAGCUUAGAAUUAAGGUUAAGAAUGUCAACACAGAUUAAAGAGUGGUUGGAUCUUUUAAACGACUUUUUAAAGGAAGGGACUCAGUUUAUUAAUCGCUGUACAAAGCCUGAUAAAGAAGAGUUUUUUAGAAUUUCGUGGGCAAUUGGGAUCGGUUUUUUGAUUAUGGGAUUUAUUGGGUUCUUUGUCAAGCUUAUACAUAUUCCUAUUAACAAUGCUCUUCUUCCGUCCUGAAUUGUUAGUAGUAUAAGGACUAUGAAUCAGUGUAUAAAGGAUAAAA